AUGGACGAGGACGGGCUGCCUCUGAUGGGGUCGGGCAUAGACCUGACCAAGGUCCCUGCAAUUCAACAGAAAAGGACUGUUGCAUUUCUAAACCAGUUUGUGGUACAUACAGUACAGUUCCUCAACCGAUUUUCUACAGUUUGUGAGGAGAAACUAUCAGCUCUUUCUCUUCGGAUCCAACAAAUAGAAACAACUCUCAACAUUUUGGAUGCAAAGCUUUCAUCUAUUCCGGGUCUAGAAGAUGUCAAAUUUGAAAUAUCAACUGCAACUGUUAACAGUGUUACAAAUGGCCCUGAAGCCACUCCAGGUCAACAGUCAUCUCUGUCUCCUCAAUCCGAGCAGAACAAUACACAAGACACUGGACCCCAGAAAUGUGAAGCGGCAGCAGAACAUAUCUUAACUGUAGCCAAGGAUCCAAGAUAUGCCAGAUAUCUCAAAAUGGUUCAAGUGGGUGUUCCUGUAAUGGCAAUAAGAAACAAAAUGAUAUCUGAAGGACUGGACCCAGAUCUUCUUGAGAAGCCAGAUGCUCCAGUGCCUGAUGGGGAAGGUGACGCAAAUGCCAAAGAGAGUUCAGAUAGUGAAUCUUCUUUUAGUGACUGAACUUCAUGUUGACCUCAUAGGAUCCAUAUAUCUAUAUGAUACACAUAUAUAUAGGAGGAGGGAUGUUUACAGCUUGGAUGCUAAGGUGAAAUCCAUUAUACUGAAGGAUUACAACUUUCAGAGAUCACCUCGCUAACAAAAUAUUUACUAGACUAAGACUUCCAGCUCUUCAGAAUGGCUUCUGAUCACAAGUUGAAAAAAACAUUAUCCAGGAAUCAUCUUAAUUCGUGAAAAUUUUCUGUAAUGACUAACUUGAAUUUUGUCUGAACCAUGAAGGAAUUAAUCACCAGCCACAUAAUUGGCCAAAAAUUAUUUCUGUGUUUUAAAAAUCCAGAGGGCUUUUUAUUAUCAUGGUAGAUGAGUAACUUGACAAAGUGCACCUUAUUGCUACAUGGAAGUACCUAUAACCCCAAUGCACCCAAACAAGCAAAAAUUGAGUAGCCUAAUUAAAAUAAAGCAUAAUGGCAUUACAAGCAUUAAGCUGUCGAACUGGAAUGAUACAAUAUAAGUCAAAAGACAAAACCCAUUUACUUUAAUAGCAGGUAAUACACUUCCUAAUUAGCUCUACCCAACUUGGUUAAAUUGAUGAGAAUCUUGGUACUAAUCAUUUUAGCAUGAAAAUGUUCACAUGAGUUCACUUCCAUAAGAUUUACUGAAUAAUUUUCUGACUAAAAGACAACACAAUUAAAAAUAUCCAAAUUACAUACAAUGAUGUCAAGAUACAGUUGCAAAUAUGGCCCUCUUCCUGUUUACUAGUGCACAGCACUUGGUCAUUGUAUAAUAAUAAUCAGGGUCAGAGAUAAUGGUCAACACUGGCUGGGAACACAGUGUCCUCUUGAAUGGAAUCAAUCAGCAACUGCGUUACCCCUUAUGACUGCCUGCUCAAAAAGAGCAGUUAAUUUGCACACACUAUAGGAACCUCUCACUUUUAGAGACAAUCCUCUAUAAAGAAUGGUGCACACAAGGGAUUGCUUAAGGAAUCUCUAAAACAUUGGUUACGUGGAGAAAUUGAGAACCUUAUUGGAUGGUGCUAUUUCCCAGUCACUGAAUUAACCUAAAUUUACGGUUUUACUCUAGAAGAACAGAAUCAUUCUAGUUCUCCUUGGAACUGAGGAUGGAUUUGAUGCUAAGCCAUACUUAAGACUUCCAGAAUUUUUCUAUUCGAAAUUUUCUAUUUGAAAAUUUAUUUUUUAACAAUCUACCCCAAAUGAGCCCAGGAUUAACAAUUAAUAAAUCUAUAUCUUUAUAGUCUGUUGCAAUUGUGAUAUAAUUUUUAAAUGUUUCCCUUAACACACUCCACUGAGUUUCCUCAUAUCCACAAACAGAAUAUAGCUUGUAUUAAAGGAUGAAUGGUGUCCACGUGCUCUUAUAAGGCAUCACCCAAGCAGCACCAUGUAGUAAAACUGCUCUGUUUCUGAACAGGUUGCUCAAAAUAGCACGCUUGAUCUCCAGAGUUCACAAAGUGCAGAAAUGCCCACAUUUUAAUCUCAUAUAGCAGCAGCUACUCUACUGCCAGUCAUUAAAAAGGACGUAUGUAUGCAUAUGGAUUGCCUUCUUUUUCUUCAAAUGUUAAUAAUCUAAAGGAUAAGAAUGAAGGACAUAGUGAUGGCUGCCUCAGUCUUCGUAGGUUGAACAAGCAGCUAAUAAACCUUGAUGGAAUCGAUUGACCUCAUAUUGCCUUUCUCUGCCCUCCCACAAGCAGUAGUAUUUCUCUAGAUCUUAUUAAACACUUUGACGUGAAUUGACGGUGAAGACUAGAAUGGAAGCUAACAAACUUACUUUUAUGAUGUGCUAUAAAAUGGGCUCAAAAUCCCAGCUCUGUUUCUUACUUUCUUUGUGAUCUUGGGCAAGUCAGCUAACCUUUCUCCAUUUGUCAAAGGAAAGCGUUGAGCUGGUUGAUAACCGAAGUCCCUUCAACUUUAAAUCAUCAAAUCUCAAUAUAAUACCUAUUUUUGCUACAUAGUUAAUCUUGUUAGUACCUUUCCAGCAGUAAACAAUCUUUACAAAUGGGAAUAACUAUUUUCAGCACAUGAACAUCAUCUCGGUCCAAUUUUCUUACAGGCGAAGCAAUGAAUGCCAAGAAAGGUUAAAGUGACUUGCUUAAGAAAUUAAAAAUUAUUUCAUUCAUGUAAACGAAAAAAUGCUUACCUUGGCCAUUAUAUUCUUAUGUAUUAAAAUGCUAGUCCUUUGUAAGAAUAUAUAAAAUAGAUUUUAAUAAUCUUAUUAAACUUGCCU